UCUGUAUACACAGCACAGACGGGUUUGGCAAUAGACGGAAGACAUUCAUGGGUUAAGUAUAUAGGGUUAAGAUAAUCAUAAGCGGUUUUUCUAUUUAUGCGUGUCGAAUGCGCAGUAGCAAAACUUCGACUGAAUAUUUUGGGCUCAGUCUGUCUUCUCUCUGAAAGCUGGGGUUGUCCCUCGAUGAGCAAACAGCGCAAGAAAUAGUCAAGUCCCGAGUGGCAGGAGCAACAGCUCUUCUCUUCCAGCAGAGAAGAGCCAGUACCCGCUUGUAACGUGGAUAUAGUAGUUUCACCCGUAAUUUUCACCUGUUUUGAGAAAACGAUCAAUAAAGGAGCAAGACACUCAGUUCCUGGCUCGUGAAAAUCGAGUUUGGCUUGCUGUUUACCUACGUUCACACACUGGGCGUGUAAAACACAUAGUGGGAACAGUACAGUGAAAAGCCAUGUGCAGCAGUUGGUGAAGGGUGAAAUACAAGACACAGCCAUGGACAACGAUCAGGAUAGAAGCAGCAUAAAUGAUAAAGCUACCUCUGAAGCCAGCCACAGCUCUUCAACCUCAUCCAAGGCUCCAUCUAAAGCCAACUUCAGACACUCACUUUCUGCAAAGUCCUCUAGUUGAAGCAGCCACCAGAGCCUGAGCCUCAGCUGAAGCUGCACUAACUAAAGCUGCCUACACCAAGAGACAAUUGGAAAUCAAAAGGCAAAGGGAAAGGCUGGAAUUAGGAAAGGCUAUGUUAGAAGCAGAUUUAGAGGUAUUAGAGAUGGAGAAAUGUACAGAAAUAGAUGACGAUCUGACACGGUAAUGCCCAGUUCACAAGAAAGCACAUCCCCUAGCUAAAUGCAGAGCCUUUCAGACGAAAACACUUGUAGAAUGACAAAACAUACUCAAAGAAAACAAACGUUGCUUCAGAUGUUGCUCCCCAAAUCACACAAUAAAAGACUGUCGAAUAACACUCAAGUGUCGCGAGUGUCAAACCGAAACACACUGCUCUGCUAUGCACCCUGACACACGUCAACAACCUCAGUCACCACCCACAGCUGCGCCAGCCGUGGAGUCCAAAAGCAGCGGCUCAUCUGAGAUAACAUCACGGUGCACUGAAAUCCGUGGUGAAGGCAGCUCUCCUCGCUCCUGCUCUAAGGUCUAUGAGACGGUGAAUCAUGAGAUUAACAGGCCCCCUGAGAGGUGUGGCUGUGCUGCUGUUGGUGGGGCUCACCUUGCUGCUGGCAAACACUUUAUUUGGAGGGGAGAGUGGUUCAUCUCUGCUACAUUUCAUUAGUGGUGCGAGUGAGGAACCAACACUUGAACCCCACCAUCGAAAGUAUAAAUGUGGACUUUCAGCCCCCUGCCCCCCAAAGCAUUUGGCUUUCCGCCUGGUGUCCGGUGCUGCAAACGUCAUUGGCCCCAAAAUCUGUGUGGAGGACAGGAUGCUACUCAGCAGUGUGAAGAACAAUGCUGGCAGAGGACUAAACAUAGCUUUGGUGAAUGGAGUGACAGGAGAGCUCUUGGACACAAAGGCCUUUGACAUGUGGGCAGGAGAUGUUUCUGACCUGUUGAAGUUUAUCCGGCCACUCCACGAGGGGACACUCGUGUUCGUGGCUUCCUUUGACGAUCCAGCUACAAAGCUGAAUGAUGAGGCUCGACGAUUGUUCGAGGAGCUUGGGAGCACAGCAGUAAAGGAGCUGGCCUUUAGAGACAGCUGGGUGUUUGUUGGAGCCAAGGGCAUUGAGAAUAAGAGUCCCUUUGAGCAGCGUAUGAAGAACAGUAAGAGCAGCAACAAGUAUGAAGGUUGGCCCGAGUCUCUGGAGAUGGAUGGAUGUAUACCCUUGCGGCCUCCCCUGGAGUGACAGUCCUGCCCGGAUCUCCUUCACAUAACUACAGUAGCACCUGGAGUAGAGCAGCAAUGGAAAGCCAAGGAACUGCUGAAUGACUGAAACCAUCCAUGGCCACUUUUGUUUUCUCUCUUGUGGCAAAGGCACCUGUUAACUGCAAAGAUUGUCUUGAUAUAUUCAGAACUGCUGGAACCUGUUGUAGAGGAUUUGUGCAUUAUGAGACACUUUUAAGCUGAGGUAACAUUAAACAAGGAAAAUGUUUGCGUCAGCCUAAGGAAACCUAAGAUACCAAAUAUUUGAUGACCAAAAUAAUUUGUGAAUGAAUACAGCUGGAGCAGGUCUUCCACAGUCAUUGUAGGAAAUGGAUACAUUUUCUCUGUUCAAGCUUGCCUUUAGUGUGUCAACAUUCUGUGUUUGAGUGUCAGAAGAGAUGCCUAACUGGUUUAACACUAGGUGAAACAUAAUCUGUGACAUCAAAAGGAAAAUAACUGGAGUACUGUAGUAGAUAAAAACAAACAUUCUAAGCACCUGGUUGAUGGAAGAUUUUAUAUAUUAAAUACACUAAUAUACAGUGGGUACGGAAAGUAUUCAGAC